AUGGCUUAUUUUAUUAGAGGAUUACCUAUUCUCCUGAUUCUGAUAAAUCAAUAUCAAUCAGCAGAUGUUCCAAGCGUUGCUACGAAACUUGGAUCGAUAACUGGAGAAACGAAAAGUGUAACAUUUCAAGGAAAUAAGUAUCAAGUUGAUAGAUACCUCGGAAUUCCAUACGCUAAACCACCGACUGGAGAUUUAAGAUUUCAACCUCCCCAGCCAUUCGGUCCAUUUUCAGAGACAUAUAAUGCUGCUGAUUUUGGAGCCUCGUGUCCACAACCAAGGUUUCCUUUUUUUCCGGUGGAGAGAAAGACAGACGAAGAUUGUUUAUUCCUGAAUAUCUAUGUUCCACGCCAGAAACCCGAUGAACCUUCUGGUCACGCGGUAAUGUUCUUUAUACAUGGCGGUGAAUUUUUAAUAGGUACUAGUUUUCCUUUUGAUGGGGCAGUAUUGUCGUGUGAGGGAAAUGUUAUUGUAGUGACGAUAAAUUAUAGACUAGGGCUUCUCGGAUUUCUCGACAUAGACAAUGAAAAGGCGUCAGGGAAUUUCGGAUUACUUGAUCAACACUUGGCGCUUCAAUGGGUUAAUGAAAAUAUCGGUGCGUUUGGAGGUGACAAAGACAGGGUAACAAUAUUUGGGCAGGCAGCUGGUUCAAUGAGUGUUGCCAUGCAUAUGUUGUAUCCGUCCAAUAAAGGACUGUUUAGAAAUGGUAUAACACAGAGUGGCGCUUUAGGCCUUCCGGGUAUAUACCUCGAAAAUAAUAUUGAUAUGGCUAAAUUUUUUGCGAAAAAUAUGAACUGUAGUAUUGAAACAGUUGAUGAAGUGUUUAAUUGUCUCAAAGAAGCAUCACAUGAAAAUAUAAUCCAGGUUAUUCUAGAUACGAGGCAAUCUAGGGGCAAAUCAUCUGCUGCCAGUGUCGGUUUCAGUCCAACCAUUGAUGGCAAAUUCAUCAGAAAGAACCCUGCUAAUAUGAUUAAGAAAGCGGACACAGACAGCUGUGAGGAAAUUGACUUCUUCCGAUCAAUUAAACUGAUAAACGGCGUUAAUGGUAAUGAAGGGGCAUCGUUUUUAAUAUUCCUUGGAAAUUCUAAAACGUUUGGAGACUUGGAAAUAACUCGAGAACAAAUGAACACACAACUGGUUCCUGGCACCAUGGCAAUGAUGUAUGGCAACACACCUAUACUGGAUUUUCUGCAACAACUUAUUAUUUCGGAAUAUACGGAUUGGGAAAAUCCAGAUGAUCCCAAACGACUCCGUGAACAAGUAGUUCAACUUUUUGGAGACAUAUGUUUCAACGUUCCGG